GUUUGGGUCAUUCGAUUUGAGAUUUUUUCAUUUUAACUGUUUACAUUUUUUUCUCGUUGAAAAAGUGAAUUUUUUUCUCUGUUAAAUUAACUAAUUAAUUAGAAAAAUGUCUUUAGAUUUUUCCGAUGGUUCUGGUGACUUUGACGCCGGUGGUGUGAUGCUGGACAAAGACUUGCAAAAUUUUAUCCUUCAAGAACAACAAGUUGCCCAAUUCAAUGCUCAGGUACACAAAUUAACUGAACAUUGUUGGGACAAAUGUGUUAAUGAUAAAUUAACAUCUCGGUUUGAUGGUAAAACUGAAACAUGCAUCACUAAUUGUGUCGAAAGAUUUAUUGAUGCAUCGGUUGUCAUUGCUCAAAGAUUUUCAUCGAAAAUUAUGUCGUCCGCUAAGUAAUCAAUUGGAAAAUUAGAGAAAAUGAUGGUUGAUAAUAAAGAAGAGAAAAGAAUCCAGAAAACCAGGAAAACGUUUCGUCAAAACAAAGACAAAAUGGAGAACAAUAAGAGAAAGUAUUAAUAGAAAAAUCAACAAUCGAUUAACACAAUAAACAUUCUUACCUUAAA